AUUUAUAUGCAAUAUAACAUAAUUGCAUUUUAAACCCUAAGAACAGUUUAUGGAAAUACAUAUGAACUAAAAUCUAUUAAAAUAAAUAAACGUCUCUCUGAAAACUGUCUCUGAUGAUAAAAAACAAUGUCUAGAGCACCGAACGACAAUAAUUUGACAACGUACAAACUGGUGGUUGUUGGAGAUGGAGGUGUGGGGAAAAGUGCGCUCACAAUACAAUUCUUUCAGAAGAUGUUUGUGGUAGAUUAUGAUCCAACGAUUGAGGAUUCAUACAUACAACAUACUGAAAUAGACGGAGAAUGGUGUAUACUUGAUGUUCUCGAUACAGCUGGUCAGGAAGAGUUCAGUGCAAUGCGUGAGCAGUACAUGCGUAAGGGAGAUGGUUUUAUGCUUGUAUACUCUGUGACUGAUCCAGCAAGCUAUGAAAACAUGUCGAGCUUCCAUACACAGAUUCUUAGAGUUAAAGACAAAGAUGCUUACCCAAUGUUGCUUGUAGCUAAUAAAGUAGAUUUGGUCCGGCAAAGGAAAGUGUCAGAGGAACAGGGGAGAGCACUGGCUGCUCAUUUAAGGCUACCAUAUAUUGAAACAAGUGCUAAAGAUCCGCCAGUCAAUGUAGAUUUGGCCUUCCAUGAUGUUGUUCGAGUGAUAAGACAACAACCAAAAGAAUUCAAGAAACAGCUCAAAACACACAAAGGAAAGCGGCGGAGAUGUACAAUACUAUAAAUGUUUGUUAAAAUUUGACCCAUAAUAUAAAUGAAAUGUGUUUCUUCCUUCCUGAUUGAAAGAAAUAGGUUAUUUGAAGUCACCGAUGUGCCAUUGUCCAUUAGAAAGCCCAGAAGAGUUUAGCAUUUACUUAGAUGAAAUACUAGAUGAAAUUACUUGCAUUUACAUACAGUACAACCUGUGUAGAUAUAACACUAUAUGAAUGGCUAAAAUAUCUGUGUGGUACAGAGUUUGUUGCUUUGGAGAAGUUUAUUUAUCAGGAACAUUUUCCAACCAGAAUACAUGUGUGUCUUUCUAGGGAGAGCUGUUAACACAGGCUUUGCUGUAUUAUGUAGAGAAAAAGCAUUUUUACUUUUGACUUUAUUUAAGUAACUCAGGUUUUACAUUUUCUAUAUGAUUCUAUUUGAUGUGUGUUGAAUAUGGAUUUUUGAAGAUUUUAUAUAUUAGAUAGAUAGAUAGGUAAGCAGAACAGACAUGUAAUACAGCUUCUACUGUUGAUUAUGUAGCAAUUCUGUGCAAAAGUAAAAAAAAACAUUGACAUAACAACCUGUAAUGUUAGCAUAUAAAAAUAUGUGUGACAUUAACUUUGUCAUUUCCUUGUAUCGAUUUUGUCACUGAAUUUAGAAGGUACACUCAACCCUGCACACUAGUACCACACUUACAAAAACUUUUUUUUUUACAAAAACAGUUGUUUUUGUUGGGGGAUGGUCUUUAUUCAAGUCCCGUUAAUGUUAAACUCGGGGAAUACAAUAAGAGGUAUUUACAACAAGCUGUUCUAUUACAAAGGUUGUAAGAAACACAUGUUUUACUGUAUUUGGAUAUUGUUUGUUUGAAAAUGCUGUCUGUACACAUAAACAGACUGAAAAACAAAAUUUGUUGCAUCAUGGUGCUUCAUUCAGCAUAUCCUAAACAUUGUUAUUUCACUGUAAAUUUCAGUUAGCAUUUUACACUAGCUCUUGAAUGGUGUACCAUUACAAACUGUAUUCUCUAAAAAUGGAUGAAACUUUAAUGUUUUGUUGUGUUUUGGUUUGGAAUUUAGGAGGUACUUCCUUUUCCUGUAAAUGAAAUUGUUAACACAUGAUUCAUUGACAUGGUUGUACCAAAGAUUUCUAUCAGGAAAGAAAUUUAGGUUUACAUUAUAGUUAUGAAGUAGCAACUUAAGAUGUUUAAUGAAAUUGCUAGAUAAAUGUUAUAACUAUACUGUUUUUAUUAUUAUGUGCAACCUGAAUGUAUGCGCCCUUAAGAAAUCUGAGAUUGUUAUUUUACUGUUACAGCAUCAAGUGCCUGAUAUUUCAUGAGUUGAUUGCAAAACUGUUUGAUCUCUGUCUUUGUUUUACAAUGAACCUUGUGUUAGUUGUGUUGUUUUUAUGCAAGUGAUGAUAGGAGAGAUUGUACCAGGGACCAAGAUGAUCUCCAGAUAAUUGUAUAUAUGAUUAUAAUAUGUUUUAGUGUUCACAGUAGGAUUUUCUGGCUCCAGAGUAAAAUGCUUCUUACUCAAAUUUCUGUAUUUUUCAAGUGGAAGUUUUUUUGUUUUUUUCUUUUAACAAGAAAAGUCAUAGUAACUGGGUUCUGGUAUUGAAAGAAGUGAAGUCAAAUUUCUGUUUCUCCAUGAUCAGCAAAACAUUAAAAAAUAAAUAUAUAAAAAUAUCGUACAGUUUUCUGCAUAAUAUAAUUUGAAAAGAAAAAAAUUGAAAACUUUCCACAUUACCGCAGUACCACUUCAUACAUUGAAGAACUAAGGGGAAAUAUUUUCAUGGACAAGAGGUUUUACUCUGAAGACAGUUUAGUCUAGAAUUCACAUAGUAAGUAAGAAAAGAGGCAUCUCAAGGAAGUUCUACUCGUAUUGAAAUUAUAGUGAACGUCAAAUUUUGGAAACAAUCUCGGGGUGAAAAUGAAUAUUGGUGACAUAUAUUUAAAAACUUAAAUCUACAUUCUAUGGGAUUUUGAUAAGUUUAUUUAACAUUUAUUGUUAUUGUUGGGAAUUGCACUUGUUUUGUAGGUACUUGGUUCUUUUUCAGCACUUUGAAUAUUUUUCCCUACGGUGUGAUUCUAUAUUUUGAUUUACCUAGCACUUUUUGUGAAGCAUAAUUUUACUAGAAAGGUUGUUAAAAAUCCAAGAUGGCAGAUGUUUUUAUCUUUAUGUUGAGUUGUUUAUACACAAUAUAUAAAACAGAUAUAAACUUUAUAUAUAUUAUGUUUUUUCAUAUAUGUUCAUAUUUUAUAUAUGUUUGUACUUUUUGGUUGUUACAUUGUUCUGUACGUUACAAGGCUGUAUAGUGUCUGAUAGUCACAUACACUUCCUCAUUUAUAAAAUAUACUUGACAGUUGCUGCAAAUAUCUCACCUCUUGGUCCUGAUUAGCUUAGUAGGAAGUACACAAUACUAGGGACCAGGGAUUGAGUUCGAUCCCCCUACCCUUUCUUCCCAGGUGCAUUCUAUGCACACCAUGACCAUUUUACAGAAAACAAUGUGUCUGAAGUCAUUUUUCCUCUGCCUCCAAGGCAUGCGAAAAAGAUAUUACUGGUUCAGAGUCCAGCAACAUUUGGUAGGUUAACUGUCUGCCAUUGCAUAAAACAAAUAAUGACAAAAAAAUGUGUUAAACAAAGUAAACAUUUCAUUUCUUGGUCAUUAUAAAUAGAAAUCAGCGAGUUUUAUGCAGUGUUUCAUGAUGAAACACUGUGAAAUAUGUUGGAAUGUAGUUAUUUACAGUAAAAUCUAGCAAAUAUCUGUCAACAAUGUCUGGAGAUUGUGUACAUAGAGCUGCUGUUGAUCAACAAGUGCAUUAUAACUUUGAAUGAGUAAAUGUUUUUCUUUUCUUUUUUUCCUGAUUUUAUUUUAUAUGUCCAAAACAUUUUUUAACUGUUACUGGAAUUAAAAUCCUUUUAGCUAGACUGUUAAAAGAACAGUGAGAGCUAUUCUACUCACCCAUGCAUUAGCGUCACACCUUCAUUUAAGCCUUAUCUCAAUAACCAUUGCAUGUAUUGAAUUAAAACAUCACAGAGGGCUUUCUAGUCAUCAAAACCUACUGCAGUAUUCAAGAUAGAUAACACUUGGUUGAAUUUAAGUGCGAAUUACAGCACUUUUUUGACUUACAAUUUUUGGUUAAAGUUUUUCUUGCUGAUAGACUGGCUUAAUCUGUAUGACCCAGAGCUUUCUGUAGGUUCUGAAACUCAAGAGUCAUUGACUCUUCAGCCAAAAUUUUCAAGGAUCAAAAUCAGAUUUUCAAGAGUCAAGAUCAGCUUUUCAGGGGUCAAGCUACAUGUAUACUGUUAUUAAUGCAAUUCCCACAGACUUUAUCUAAAACAAGUACAUUAGUCAUAACAGAUUUUCUUAAGCAAUUCAUAUUUUAGUUGUCUUAUUUUGCACAUUGCCUAAAAGUGGGUGGGGUUUGGUGCUUUGCAUGAUUUUAUUCUCGGCAAAUUCUUCUAAAUAAGAGCUGCUUCGGAAACAGUGAUCAUAUUUUUCUUCAAUGCAGACUUUUUAUUGGCUUUUUAUUCAGAUUGUACUAGAAAAAUCUUGUUAGAAAUGAUAAAAAUGUCCGAAAAUGGCGGUCGCGAAAACGAGUGACAAAUACGGAAAACGAAAGUAAACAUUUAAAAUUCUUGAAAAAAAUAACUGUUUUAAAUUUCAUUUUUUCAUCAUACCUCGUAUAAUUUCAGCUUAUUUAAAGCAUUUUAUUUCUUUAGGCCCAAACAAAGCCUCGGCAAUGAUAAUAAAUUUGGUAUAGACUGUGACGGCCGACCGGCUCAUGUAAUCGUAUCAAGCACACAAAAUAAUUAACAAGUGGUACAAACACGAUAAUCUAAGGCUGCAUUGUUUAUCAAUUAACUUUUACACAUUGAUCAAUUUACACCUUUGAUAAUGUCAAGGCAUUAUUGUACUAAAUACAAACCGCGAGAUGAUCACGUGUCAGUCGGCACGUGGCGUGACUAACAUCUAUCAGUAGCUAAUUAACAUACGACGCUCCGCCUUCUGCCAUAUUUCCGCUUGUGCCGGCGAACAAUAUUGAAAUUCACUGGGGUUUUGAUUGACAGGGAGGGGCAGAACUUUCGAACUUGAGACACAUCAAAGUAAAUUUCUGCGAGUCAAGCCAACGCACGUGGCAUAUUUUAUGCGGGUCAAAACCCGGGGACCUUGGGUCAGCCGAACGCCCUGAUGACCCUUUUUUGUCUCAGAAGUUGUGGAAUAGUCAAGCGUGCUGUCUUAUCGGCAGCUCUUGUUGGUUAAAUAUAAGUGCUUUAUACUUGUACACUAUUAGCAUAAUUGUAAUUUUGUAUUUGCCUGUCAUGUAUUGGAACCAUUCUUUACAAUAAAGCCAAAAGGACCACUUUUGUGGUGUCUGUUUUGAAAAGAAGCUGGUUUUUAAGUAUUUUUAAAAAAAAAUUUCUUUGUAAUAUUUUCAGUAAAAGAUGCAGAAACAAAACUCGUUAUUUAUGUUUAUGGAAAUCAUAUUCUUGAGUCAUUUGCUACUGUGUUUUGUUUAUCACAGAUACUUAUUUUGUUAUAAGUAAGUCAUGUCAAGAGUCUGAAUAUUUGUAUAACCCUUACCCUGCUAAAUUUCUAUAAUGAACUUGUCCAUCUUUCAAUUUGGACAGUACCAUUAACUGUUAAAAGGUGUGCUUACCAAAAAUUUACUGACUGAAUGGCGAACAUUGCACAUCAUGAUCAAGGAUGUGCAGGCUGAUCUUGGUCUGCACUGGUCACAUACUAUUAGGCAGAAUCAUUUGCAGCCAGCUGGGUAAAGGUUAAAAUUUUAACAUUCAAGAUUUUGAAUAUUUAUGAUUUUACGAUUUAAGAUUUUAGAUAUUUAUUUUCUUGAGUACAAGAAAUAAUCGAAGGUGUAUUGAUUUAGUUCUGUCUGUCUGUAUGUUACAAAGGUUGUCCACGCAAGUAGAUAUAAUAAAUUGACUGCUUGAAAUAUAAUGUUGUAUGCUAAAUAUAAUGAGUCAGUUGCAAGAAAAAAUAAAUGGAUAGCUCAGAAUAAAUAAAUAUUUGUUCUAAACAUACCAGUGUAAAGAAAGAAGUUUAUUAGGUAUUCUUAAGAAGCAGGAGAACUAACAAGAAGUUAUUUUUUGUAUAAACACAUCCUGUAAUAGCAUUUGUAAGCAUGUGUAAAUGCAUGGGCAUGCAUGUGCGUGUGUGUGUGUGUAUGUGUGUGUGUCUUAAACAGAUUAUUAAUGUUGAAUUGAUAAUUUCAUAUAUUGUUUGUAAAAAGUGUUAUAUAUAUGUAACGCCCAUGUAUUGCUCACAAAGAUAUGUAUUAUGAUACCUCAAUAGUAUUCACCAAAAUGUAUUGUGUAUGCACACUUCUGUUUGUUGGGAACAAUUGUUUUGCAUGAUGAUGUAAAUCUAGCUUUUGAAGGUUUUAUGAGGUAUUUUGUGUGGUGUCAAGUUCAUUGAACCAAUUUUAAACAACUGAUACUUUCAACAGGUCCAACAUUUUAAAAUUUACAUGCAGUAUACCAUAGCCUGCCCAACAGAGACUUGUGUCGCAAGUUUGAACUGAUGUUUAAGGCAAAUGUUAUCAUGAUACUUGCAGUGGUUUGACCUGCUCUUCUGAUUCGUAGGAAGUUGUCUAGUACUUGCAGAGAACAAGUUAGUGCUCAUACAGAAGCCAUCACAUUACUGAAAUACCAGUGAAAAAUGACCCUUGAAAUACCAGUAAAAAAUGACCCUUAAAAUACCAGUAAAAAAUUACCCCUGACCUUAAACAUCCAAAUCAAAGAGUGAAUCAUAUGUAUAAGAAUGUCAGCUGUUUCUCAGUAAUUAGUGUUUUGCUGUGCAACAGAUGCUAGCCUUUUUACUAUUGAUCUGCUUUUUAAAUGAAGAAACAGGGCUUGGGGAAAGAAAAUUAGAACAGUACUUGCUUUUUUAGGACAUAAGACACCAAAUUCUUGUAUUUUGAAUUUAUGCCAAAUUACCAUAAGUCACCUUUUUAUAAAUUUGCCAAUAGUUUGUAUUUUAGUGUGGACAUAUUCUGUAUAAUACAGAUUGUAGGGUUUUAUUGCGUUCCUUAAAUAUUUUUUCCUUAAGUUUACUCUGUGCUGAUAUUUUUCUUUAUACCAUUGCUUUAUGUUUGUUAGGCCAGGUCAAGUUUUUUCUUAAUGUUUUGUAUAUUUGUGGUUUUAGACACAUCUGGGAAUUUGUACAUUUUAUGAAUCAUUGGUUUCAUACCCUACAGGGAUAUCUUGAUUAAGUGCUAUUCUAAAUUUAGCUAUUUUUACAGUUUAUACAUGUAAAUAAAUUUUACCUAGACUUACCAGAAACAAGCAGAAAGGUCGUUUAAAGUCUAUUUGACCUGGUCUAAAGUUAGUUUCUUUUCGUUUUGUAUUUGUUUUGUUUCCGUGGCAACUAGUUGCUAGUCAGCUGCUUAAGGGUAGUGCAAUACUAGAUAUGGUUUUAUAUGUACAGAGAACAUAUGUAGAACAGAAGGGAUUGUGGUCUUGUUUCAUUAUCAGGGGUGAAGUUAUUCAAUUUCUCUGAUACUCUUCUCUGUUAAAUACAAGGGAUGGGAAGACUAACUUAAUUAUAUAGAAACUAUCAUCUUUUAAUUAAACUUUUUAAAAUGUUGACUUUGCUUGGUAUAGAUUGGCAGCUGGAUGACUUAGUCCAGCCUUGGUUUUAGAUAAGUAUAGAGAUAAGAUAAACUUUCCUUUUUUUUGUUGCAUUCUUAAACUAAAGUUAAAACAUUUUCAGUAGAAACACUCUUAUAACAUGUUUUAAAACAUAACCACUGACUGGUAAUAUCCUUCAAGAAAUACAAACUUUUCACCUGACUCUUGGAGAAAAGUAAGUGUUAGUUUUUUUCAACAGAAGUUGCAGCUGUUAAGAGAUUUAUUUUUGCCUACCUUGCAGAGAAAGACAACAGUAUCCUUGUAGUAGAUCACACUAUCAUUCUACUAGGGAAAAAGACAGGCUACACAUCUGCAUUUUGAUGUCGUAAUUAGAGUGUCAUAAACUAUAUGUACAAUUUUAUAAUUUACAAUACUAGUAUCUUUAACAUUUUUGCAAAGUAGGCAAGAAAAAUAAUCUUACAUAUGUCCUUAUGUUAGAUAGGCGUUUUCCCCUCCCUUGGGACAGUGUUGGUAAGAAACCUCACUGGCACUCAGUUUCCUAUUCACUGCUAUGCCUUGGGUUGGGAAAACCCUGUUCUACACAGGCUGACAUGUAUGAGUCUUAUAAUGACCCCACUGUUCCCCUGUUAUUGAAGAUGUACUUUAGGUGCUUCUUAGGCCAUUAAUUCUCUAUAUUGUAGCAGUGCUUACUAUCAGUCUUCUCUGUCUGCUUGUUUUAUCCCCUGUACUUUUCUACAUCUUUCGUUGGUACAAACACUUACUGAAGACUAUCUGUUUGAAUCAGACAGUCUGAACUGAUCAUUUCUGAAAGAAAAGGUUUAAAAAACAUUCUGGAAACUUGUGAAUUUCUUGUAGAGUCAACCAUCAGCAGAAAUAAUUUCAGCAAUAUUCUUACUGAAACAUCGCUAUAUGUUUCCUUGGCCAAGAACAAUUUAUAUAAUUUCAGCAAAAGCAAUUGUUGGUCUAUUAUUGAAGGCUAUUCAGGUUAUACCUGUAGAUAUUUUGUAUUCACAAGUUUAUUUCCACAGCAUAUGUACUGUAUGUACUCAUUGGAGACACUUGACUUUCUAAGUUAUAUGACAAUCAUUAGUUUGUAUAAUCUGCUCACAUUGUCAUGUCCUUCAGAUAGAUAGAUGUUACAGUUGUGACAUUAAAUUGUUUUUUUUCAUGUAACACACAGUAUAUUGGAUGUUACAUUAGGUGUUACAGUUGUGACAAUGAUUUGUUACUCACUGUUGUCAUAAUAUCCAGAUAUUACACAUGUUUAAUGAUAUUGAAAUAAAUUGUUCAUGUAAAGCAUAUAGGACAUUUCUUAAAUGUUACAGUAUAGAUGAUAACUGGUGACAUAUUAGUCUUAAUAUCCAGAUAUGACACCAGGUAUAAGGUAUGCAGCAACAAAUGUAUCAGACUGAGAGUAUUUGAAAUGAUGAAUUAUAAAAACAUUACAAUGGCAAUGAAAUCAAAUUUCAGAGGUCAGCAUCACUGUGUGACAGUGAUGGAAUGUGUACACACCUAAUUAUUUUUCAUACUCUGACUUAUUUAUGAACUAAAGACCAAUUAUUGCUAUACAACAGAUACUGGUGGGUGUAUUAAAAUGUGGGGUAUCCAAUAGCCCUAAAUAACCUUUAUGUUUAUUUUGCUUUCACUGCUGUAAGAUAUAUAUACAUUUAUAAUACUCUUCCACAAUCUUACCCUGAUUUAUAUACUCGCUAAUCUUCCCUGCUGCUUAUAUAUCUUUAGUGUAUCUGUAUUUUUAGCUCACCUGAGCAUUGCUCAGGUGAGUUUUUCUGAGCACUCGAUGUCCGGCGUCCGUCGUCUGUCGUCUGUCAACAUUUAGCUUGUGUAUGCGAUAGAGGCUGUAUUUUUCAAUUAAUCUUCAUGAAUAUUGGUCAGAAUGAUAACCUUGAUGAAAUCUAGGCCGAGUUCGAAAAUGGGUCAUCUCAGGUCAAAAACUAGGUCACUAGGUCAAAUCAAAGAAAAACCUUGUGUAUGCGAUAGAGGCUGUAUUUUUCAUUUGAUCUUCAUGAAUAUUGGUCAGAAUGAUUGCCUUGAUGAAAUCUAGGCCGAGUUCGAAAAUGGGUCAUCUCGGGUCAAAAACUAGGUCACUAGGUCAAAUCAAAGAAAAACCUUGUGUAUGCGAUAGAGGCUGUAUUUUUCAAUUGAUCUUCAUGAAUAUUGGUCAGAAUGAUAACCUUGAUGAAAUCUAGGCCGAGUUCGAAAAUGGGUCAUCUCGGGUCAGAAACUAGGUCACUAGGUCAAAUCAAAGAAAAACCUUGUGUAUGCGAUAGAGGCUGUAUUUUUCAAUUGAUCUUCAUGAAUAUUGGUCAGAAUGAUUGCUUUGAUGAAAUCUAGGCCGGGUUCGAAAAUGGGUCAUUUGCAGUCAAAAACUAGGUCACUAGGUCAAAUCAAAGAAAAACCUUGUGUAUGCGAUAGAGGCUGUAUUUUUCAUUUGAUCUUCAUGAAUAUUGGUCAGAAUGAUUGCCUUGAUGAAAUCUAGGCCGAGUUUGAAAAUGGGUCAUCUCGGGUCAAAAACUAGGUCACUAGGUCAAAUCAAAGAAAAACCUUGUGUAUGCGAUAGAGGCGGUAUUUUUCAAUUGAUCUUCAUGAAUUUUGGUCAGAAUGAUUACCUUGAUAAAAUCUAGGCCGAGUUCGAAAAUGGGUCAUCUCGGGUCAAAAACUAGGUCACUAGGUCAAAUCAAGGAAAAACCUUGUGUAUGCGAUAGAGGCUGUAUUUUUCAACUAAUCUUCAUGAAAUUUAGCCAGAAUGAUUACCUUGAUAAAAUCCAGUUCGAGUUCGAAAAUGGGUCAUCUGGGGUCAAAAACUAGGUCACUAGGUCAAAUCGAAGAAAAACAUUGUGUAUGCAAUAGAGGAUGUAGUUUUCAAUUGAUCUUCAUGAAAUUUGGUCAGAGUGAUUGCCUUGAUGAAAUCUAGGUCGCGUUUGAAUAUGGGUUAUCUGAGAUCAAAAACUAGGUCACUAGGUCAAAUUAAAGAAAAAUCUUGUGUAUGCGAUAGAGACUGUUUUUUUCAAUUGAUUUUUAUGAAAUUUGGUCAGGAUGAUUGCCUUAAUGAAAUCUAGGUCGAAUUUGAAUAUGGGUCAUCUGAGGUCAAAAACUAGGUCAUUUGGUCAAAUCAAAGAAAAAACUUGUGUAUGUGAUAGAGGCUGUAUUUUUCAAUUGAUCUUCAUGAAUUUUGGUCAGAAUGAUUGCCUUGAUAAAAUCUAGGUCGAGUUUGAACAUGGGUCAUCUAGGGUCAAAAACUAGGUCAUAUCUAAGAAAAUGCUUGUUUUAUCGCAAGAGACCAAUUUUUUGGUCCAAUCUUAAUGAAAAUUGGUCAGAAUAUUUGUUUCCAUGAAAUCACUAGGUCAAACAUGUUUUACACUGUUAUGGUGUGUUUCUUAGGUGAGCGACCUAGGGCCAUCUUGGCCCUCUUGUUUUUUUUUAUUAGCAUUUAAUUUUUUUGUGAACAAAUUUCUACUUGAUAUUUUUUCCAACAUUGUUAUACUAGUACCUGUUUUUUUGUUUUUUUAUAUUUGAACUAUGUUCUUGAUGAACUUACUGUAUCUGUGCUUGUUUUAGUGUUAUUCAGAUUUUGCUAUUUCCCCAGGAACAACAAGUAUUUGUGUACUAAUUUGGAGUCAUGCCUUUCUGUUUGUCCAUCCAUCCAACAUAUUGGUCAUAUUGGAGGUCAAAGAUCAAAUAGCUGUAUUUCUUGUCCAGUCAAUAUCUCUUGAGCCACUACACAAAUUUUUUUAAAACAAGAAUCAGUUUUUAAGCAUGUCAGUAUGACAUGCAGAGAGUGGUUGACCUGUAAGAAAGUGUUGUCAGGGAUAUAGUUUAAGCCAUUGUUUAUUUGAAACAUCUUUGAAAUGUAGCUGUUGUGUGUAUGAUGUAAUUUGGUAGCUCAUGCUACAUGAUUGGGGUCAUACUUACCAGGAAUAGUGAUUCCAUAUUUGGUCGUGCUUUUAGGGAAGACUUUAUUUCAUGUAUUUAGUACAUUUUCAUGUUACAAACUACUUGUCAUAAAAGGUAAUGAGUACGUUCUCUCUUGGCAAUUGUUCUCAUCUACUAGUCUGGUAGUUUUGAAGCUCAUACAAGCACUUGACUUCCAUAACCAGCUGGGAAAUGCAGGAUGGUAAUUGACAACUGGCAUUAGGGAUCAAAAUGUCAUGUAUCUUGAGCGUGACUGUUUAAACAUAAGUGAGAGCUAUUCUGCUCACCUUGGCACCAGCGUCGCCAUCAUCAUAUGUGCCACAUGGUUAAACUUUUGCAUGUAAGCUCUUUUUUCAGUAACCAUUGCAUGCAUUGGAUUGAAAUUUCGCACUUCGCGUUCUGUUCAUCAGCCCUAGUGAAAUAACUAUGUUAGAUAACUUGUGCUUGAAUUUAAUACAAGUUGCUAUACUGAAAUUUUAAUAUCUAAUAAUAAAUUGUUAUAAAAUAAUGGAGUUACACAUGUCUUGCCAAGUUAUGGCCCUUGUUAAAUUAACAAGUUGUGGAAUAGUCAAGCAUGUUGUCAGAUGGACACCUCUUGUUCAAAAUUCGGUGAAUUUUUUCUCUUUGUUUAAAGUUGUAUGAAAACCAUAUUUUUUUUAUGUCAUCCCAAAUAAUAACCAUUGUUUUCGUUGUUCCUUAGAUGAUUAUUUUCUUUCUGUGAAUGUUAAAUAACAUCCAGUUUUAUCUUGUUCUGUAAGGCUAGUUAUUUAUCUGAUAUUGCAAUGAUAAUAUUGACAUAAUACUUGGCACAUGAUACUAUUUUUUAUAUAAAAUUAUAAUAAAGGCAUAUUAAAUUCUUA